ACUAUCUCUCUCUAUAUUUGCUUGAAGAGAGAGUUCAUAACAUACAGAAAAAUGCAGAAAUUCUUUUGUUGAUAUGUAAAAAAUAAAAAAUAAAAUUCUAAUAAAUAAAGUCGAAAUUCAUACAUACAAUCGAUUCUCAACACCAUACACACAGAGAUUCUCUCUAUACAUAGAGCUUCGGAAAGCACAGUUCUUCAUUUGGAGAAUUCAAAGCUGUUUGCUCCGUCUAAGGAUCGCUGUGAUUUUGUACGAGAAUUGUUGACGGUGAUCUGCGUAAAAGUAAGGAUUAGAGCUAGUUUUGCCGGUUAAUUGUGUGUUUUUUGCGGUUGGUUAGAUCUAUUGGUGUUUUGAGUGGUAAGAGUGAAUUAAAGCACAAUUGUUUGGAGAUUAAGGGGAUUAAUUGACGAGGACGAUGAAGAGGUCUGGAGACGAAUUGCACAGGAGUCCUCCUCGCAAACGCCCAAUUAGCUCUUCUUCUCGUGCUGAAGGGUCUGGACAACCGCCUAUGACGAGUGGAGGAGUUGCACAAAAGCUAACAACAGUUGAUGCCCUUGCAUAUCUCAAGGCUGUGAAAGACAUCUUUCAAGACAAAAGAGAGAAAUAUGAUGAGUUUCUUGAAGCCAUGAAAGAUUUCAAGGCUCAAAGAAUUGACACAUCUGGUGUCAUAGCAAGGGUGAAAGAUCUAUUUAGAGGGCAUAGAGAUCUAAUUUUGGGGUUCAAUACCUUUUUGCCAAAGGGAUAUGAGAUCACCCUUCCACCUGAGGAUGAAACACCUCCUGCAAAAAAACCUGUUGAAUUUGAUGAAGCAAUCGGUUUUGUUAACAAGAUAAAGACUAGAUUUCAAGGUGAUGAUUAUGUAUAUAAAUCUUUUCUUGACAUUUUGAAUAUGUAUAAAAAGGAAAGUAAAUCAAUCUCAGAGGUUUACCAGAAGGUUGCCUCUCUUUUGCACGAACACCCCGACUUGCUUGAGGAGUUCACCCGUUUUCUACCUGACACAUCUGCAACAACUCGUGCACAUUAUCAGUCUAAUAGAACUCAUAUCUUGCAGUAUGAUGACAAAAGCUCUCCCAUGAUAAAGGGAAGACCCAUAAAUACUGAUAAGAAGUUCAUUGCUUCACAUGCUGAUUAUGACCUCGGCAUGGAUAGAUCUGACCCAGAUUAUGAGAGAGUGCGGCACAGGCGUAUGGAAAAGGAAAGAAUAGACAAAGAACGUGAUGAAAAAAGGUUGGAAAGGAAUUCAGCUGCAGAUCAUUUCCAUCAAGGAUCCCUAUGGAAUGAUGGGAAAGUUCCCAGAUCUGUGAAGGUACCGGACAGGGAUAGAUACCGGGACCGUCAGUGGGAAGACAGAAAAGAUUUUGAUACCAGGGAGCAGGAUAGACCUGACAGAGGUGUUGCGUUUGGAAGUAGAGAUUUACAUGGGAGGAAAAUGCCUUUUUUGAGCAAGGAUAAGUAUAUGGAAAACCCAAUACAUGAACUUGACCUUUCUAAUUGUGAACAUUGCACUCCAAGUUAUCGGCUUCUUCCAGAUAAUUAUCCAAUUCCUAUAGCAAGCCAGAGAACAGAGUUAGGUGCUGAAGUAUUGAAUGAUCAUUGGGUAUCUGUAACUUCUGGAAGUGAAGACUACUCUUUUAAACAUAUGCGGAAAAACCAGUAUGAAGAAAGCUUGUUUCGAUGUGAAGAUGACAGGUAUGAACUGGAUAUGCUAUUAGAGUCGGUAAAAGCAACGACAAAACGUGUAGAAGAGGUGCUUGACAAGAUUAAUGAUAAUACAAUAAUUACCGAUGGUCCUUUUCAUAGUGAAGAAUAUUUUACAGCUCUCCACCUAAGAUGCAUUGAGCGACUAUAUGGUGAUCAUGGACUCGAUGUCAUUGAUGUUUUAAAGAGGAAUGUCCAUCUUGCUCUUCCAGUCAUUCUAUCCCGCUUGAAGCAGAAACUAGGAGAGUGGGAAAACUGUCGUUCUGAUUUUGAUAAAGUUUGGGCUGAAAUUUAUGCUAAGAACCAUCACAAGUCACUGGAUCAUCGUAGCUUUUAUUUCAAACAGCAGGACUCAAAGAGCUUGAGUACUAAAGCAUUGCUGACUGAAAUCAAAGAAAUCAGUGACAAGAAGUGUGAAGAGGAUGAUGUACUGCUAUCAAUUGCUACUGGCAAUAGAUUACCAAUUAGUCCACAGCUAGAAUUUCUGUUCCCUGAUCAUGACAUCCACCAGGACCUAUACCGGCUUAUAAAACAUUCCUGUGGAGAAGUAUGCACAACUGAACAGCUGCAUAAAAUUAUGAAGAUUUGGACAACGCUCAUGGAACCGAUGCUUGGUGUUCCUCCUUGCUCUCAAGGUUCAGUGGAUGGGAAACGUGCCAUAAGGAACAACUAUCUUGCCACUGGUAGUGUAAUUUGUACCGUUGAGGAAAAGGAUCGUAAUACUGCUAGUGCUAGUGGUGCUGCUAUUACUUUGAGACAGUUGAAUAUUCCUCGAAAUGGGGAUGGAGAUACCCCUCCUGAACACUCAAGCUCAUCCAGAGUUUGCUUAGCUGAUGCUGAUGAUGCAGUAAAAGAUGAUGCUUCCCAUGAUGUAAAUAUGGCUGCUGCUGAGAUUGACCCUGCUCCACUAAGAAUCCCGCCCACUGGUUCCAGUGUAGUGGAUGCAAUCAUCAAAGGACCAAAGGAGGAAUGUUUACCAAACCCGAAAGAAGGCAAGGCUCAGAAAUCUCUUGAAGAUGAUGAGAAUUUUAAAGUUGAGAGAGAGGAGGGUGAAUUGUCUCCAAAUGUUGAUACGGAGGACAAUUUUGAAGCAACUAAUGAUGCCAGAGCAGAACCGACAAAUGCUUCAAACGAAACUGCUGCACAUAGGCUGCACGGCAUUGGAGAGGUGGGAGCUGGAAACGAAAAUGCUCAAAGAUCAUCUCAGAACAGCGAGAAUGUUUCUGGAAAUGGUGAUGUUUCAAUGAGUGAGUCUGCUGACAGAGAAGCUGGCUCGAAUGAAGAUCCCAACGAAAGAAACCAAAAAGAGAACGAGCAUAAGGCCGAGAGCGAGGGCGAAGUAGAAGGAAUGGAUACUGCCCGUGAUGUUGAAGGAGAGGGAGUAUUGUUGCCAUCUCUAGAACCUGCAGUACAGACCGCCAAGCCUCUCACAACAAAAAUCCCUUUGGGAUUGCAUGACAAGGGCUCCCGAAUCUUCUAUGGAAAUGAUUGCUUCUAUAUUCUGUUCAGACUUUACCAGAUAUUGUAUGAGAGAGUCCAGAAAGCAAAAUGUGAAUGUUCAUCGGCUGAAAACAGAUGGAGAAUAUCAAAUGAUGGAAACCCUGAUCCAUUUGCCAGAUUUAUGAAUGCCAUUUUUGGUCUGCUGGAUGGUUCCUGUGACAAUGCAAAGUUUGAGGAUGACUGCCGAGCUAUUAUUGGAUCCCAGUCCUAUAUUCUCUUCACCGUAGAUAAACUGAUAUAUAAAAUAGUCAAGCAGCUUCAAACGAUUGCAACCGAGGAGAUGGAGAACAAGCUACUUCAGUUGUUCAUGUAUGAAAAAUCAAGAAAAUCUGGCACGUCCUGUGAUGUUGUUUAUUAUGAAAACGUGCGUCUUCUCCUCCACAAUGAGAACAUAUACAGAAUGGAAUGCUCGUCUACGCCAAUGCGGUUGUAUGUCCAGCUCAUGGACCAUGAACAUGACAAGCACGAAGUGACUGGUGGUGCGAUGGAGCAAAACUUUGCCAGUUAUUUGAGCGAUCUCCUCUCGCCUGCUCCAGAAAGACCCCGGGUGUUCCUGAACAGAUACAGGCGAAAAUGUGGAUACGAAGAUGAAACUUCGUUUACAAAAAGCAAGGCAAUGGAGAGGCUUCAUAUGAUCAAUGGUCUCGAAUGCAAGAUAUCCAGCAGGACACUGAAGGUGUCAUAUGUUCUGGGUACAGAAGAGCUUCUGUACCGGAAGAGAAAGACGAGGAAAACCAGGAAGCAGUCUCCAGCAAUCAACAGUUUGAAGUGGUUUGCCCGUCGUUCGCCAGCCAGUUAGAAACCCAAAA